UUCUCUAAGUAUAUUGAUUCAAAAUUCGAUUCGAUCAUUGAGACACUUAAAAAACUCACCAAAAGUGUUGAUGAUUUGAAGAAUUCAGUUGGUUCUAUUACAAAAGCACAACAACCCAUUCAAAAUCAUUGUCAAACUUCAGCACAAUCGCAGUUUAAUUUAGAACCAUUUGGCAAACAUCUUGCUGAAUCUUCAAGAUUAUCAACAAUUUCCCGUUCAUUAUUAAGACAAAGACUUUCGCAGCAGCAUCGCAAUUUUUCGUCUCCAACAACUUCUCAAAGUUCGAAUCAAACGAGAAUACAAAAUUCUAAUAGACGAUUUCAACUAAAUUUGCAUGUUUCCACAGAAUUCGCUAACUGAUAGUCCUCAACAACAUCACGUAAAUAAUUCUGAAAAAGAUAUUGCUGGAAUUUCUAACAAUUCAAAACAACAUUCAACGGAUUUAACCUGUGCUAGAGAGCAAAUGCCUUCCCAAUUAAAUACUUCUUUGGCAGAUGGAUUAAUGAUGUCUAAUGACUUAUUUUCGCAGGAUCCUGGCAAAUCUCCGACAAAUUUUAAUCCAAUUAAGUUUUUAAACAAUCCAAUAAAAACAGCUCGCAAAUCGAGACAUGCAUACAGACAACGACGCCGGGAGUUAUCUUAUAAAUUUAUGAAAGAAGUGGGAAUGAUGUUGACGAUAAACGGAUGUAAAAAAUCAAUAUUUCAUUGGCGAGCUAGCGAAAUUUUCUCAGCCUGUCAAACAAAAUGUCGAGAACUUGUCGAGGCGGGAAAGCAUGUGAUGUAUCGGGGUAUCGAUGUAACAGAGAAAAUCUAUCGCGUUGACUGCUCAAGAGACUUGGUGAAUGGUCGACGAUGUGGUCAAAUGAUUGCAGAUUCUCUCUGGCCGCGUGGAUAUUUUCAACGAAAAAUGUUGCUGCCCAUCCUUAAAGGCGAGUAAGAAGCGUGUAAAUGGCGUAGCAAGAAGU